GCAGCAGAGCACAAUGAAUUCAAUUCAUAUUCAUUGUGAAUGGUGGGGUCUACUACUCUCUCUGUGUGUGUGUGUGUGUGUGAGUGUGAGUACAGCUAGCCAUUACUACUGAGCCUGAGCCACACUACAACCCUCAUUGAUGGCACACACCACAUGAUUAUCCUCCUUUUCAACCUUCCUUUCUUCUUCUUCAUUCUUGAGUCCUAUGCUACCGCUCACUCUUUCAUCCUCUCCUUGAAACCUGUGACUGUUGAAGAAGAAGGAGGGCAUGAAGCCCAACAACAACAACACCGUCCCGCUCCUGCUUCUGCUUCUGCUUCGUCUCUUUCUUUUCCAAUUGCUCCUUCUCCCUCUCUAUCAAAGCCUAAAUGAUGGAGAUCACUGGGUCCAUGCUUUUGGAGAUUCAGUAAUUGUAUUGUGUUGCUUGAUACCCACCCAUCCCCAACAAAACUUUUAAGUACUAAGGGGGCGCGUGAAUCCCAUAACAGUAGAUUUGGCCAUCUUCAAGGUCCUGUACUACCGGAUAAUCAUGGGGGUUCCAUGUUCCCCAAACUCUCACCUCUUGGUUCUCCGCAACCCUUUCUUCCUCUUCUUGCACCUUCACCGCUGGCUCCAUUCACCAAUACCUCUAUCCCAAAGCUUUCAGGUCUCUGCACGUUGAACUUCACUACUGCAGAAAGUUUGCUAAGUGUGACAGCAGUUGAUUGCUGGGAAGGCUUUGCACCAUUUCUGGCUAAUGUAAUAUGUUGUCCCCAAUUGGAAGCCACUCUCACAAUUCUCAUUGGUCAAUCCAGUAAAUUUACGGAUGCACUUGCCUUAAACAGCACCGUUGCUAAACAUUGCCUUUCAGAUGUGGAGCAGAUUUUGAUGGGCCAGGGUGGCACCGGUGAUCUGAAGCACGUAUGUUCGGUUCAUCCUUUAAAUCUCACCGAGGCAGCUUGCCCAGUUAAAAAUGUGAAUGAUUUUAAUGACAUAGUUGAUACUUCCAAGCUCCUUACUGCCUGUGAGAAAAUUGAUCCUGUAAAAGAAUGUUGCUACCAAAUUUGUCAGAAUGCUAUAUUAGAAGCAGCUACAGCAAUUGCAUCAAAAGGUUCUGAUAUUUUGGAGAUGGAUGCAUCACAUGUUCUACCUGAGCAUUCAAUUCGGGUCAAUGAUUGUAGAAAUAUAGUCCUCAGAUGGGUUGCUAGUAAGCUUGAUCCUUCUCAUGCCAAGAAAGUUCUAAGAGGACUGUCUAAUUGCAACGUGAACAAAGUUUGUCCACUGGUUCUCCCUGAUACUAAGCAAGUUGCCAAGGGCUGUGGACAUGGGAUAAGUAACAAGACAGCCUGCUGUAAUGCCAUGGAAAGCUAUGUGUCUCACUUGCAGAAGCAAAGCUUCAUUACGAACUUGCAAGCUUUAGACUGUGCAGAAACUUUAGCAAUGAAAUUAAAAAAAUCAAAUAUCACUGAGGAUGUUUAUAGUCUUUGUCAUGUAAGCCUUAAGGAUUUUUCCCUCCAAGUUGGGAAUCAAGAGGCUGGUUGUCUAUUACCUAGCUUGCCUUCGGAUGCUACAUUUGACAUGAAUUCUGGGAUUAGCUUCCUUUGUGAUCUGAAUGACAAUAUUCCAGCUACCUGGCCUUCUACGUCUCAACUGGCUGCUUCAUCAUGCAAUAAAUCUGUCAACAUUCCUGCUCUUCCAGCAGCAGCAUCUAGUCAAACUUGCUGCCUCUACAAUCAUGGCGUGCUGUUUUUCGUGCUUGUUACUUUAUUGUUUCUCUUGAUGACACUCCUGUAAUUAUGAGGAUUCCACGCUAAAUGCAGCUUGCCUAGUCCUUCAAGACGGAGGGUGUUUGGAAGGGUAGUAUUAUGUUCAUCCAACUGUGACUGGAUUUAUGAGAAAGAGAAAACCCAGUUGUAGGUGAAGUCCAAUGUGUUUCUAAUCUUAUUGAUUCAUGAUUCUUGUGUGCUCGUGUAAUAAAAAAUUUGUACAUAGAAAAUUUAGAAACCAUAGGUUAUACAGUACCUUGUCGAGAUUGUUGAGAUGUAAAAUUGGAUUGCAGUUGGUGGGUGUUUUGUAAUGAUCCUUUUAAAGUAUUGUAGGCAUAUAUAUUUGAUUAGUGCUAUCUCUCUCUCAGAGAAGUUUCCUUCAA